AUGACGACUGAGUCAUUCCUUGCUGCUCUUGAACGUUUCGUAAGUCGACGCGGACUUCCUAACACCAUUUAUUCAGAUAAUGGUUCAAUUUUUAUCGGUGCCUCGAAUGUCUUAUCACAUUCUCAAAAAUUGUUAAAUUUCGCGAAUCUAAAUUCGAUUCGUUGGCGUUUUAUUGCUCCGCGAAGUCCACAUCAGGGUGGUAUUUGGGAGGCUGCAGUUAAGGCCGGAAAAGCUUGCCUGUUGAAAGCUAUUGGUAACCAAACGUUGAAUUUUUCAGAAUUCAAUACUGUUCUAUCGAAAGUCGAAGCUAUACUGAAUUCGAGACCAAUUUCCUACCGUAAUGUGAACCAAGAUUUAGAGCCGUUGACCCCAGGUCAUUUUUUAGUAGGUGGUUCGUUGCUUGAAACUCCUAUUUCUGACGAUCAUUCGAUCAAAUUAAAUUCUCGUUUUCGGUUAUGGAGAAAUAUUGUGGAUUCGUUUUGGCAAUCUUGGCGUCAUGAUUACCUAAAUCAACUUCAAACUAGAUUUAAAUGGAAGGAAAAAUUUCCUAAUUUGAAGGUCGAUGAUGUAGUUUUAGUAAAUUCGCCUAAUGAGCGUUCGAUGUAUUGGCCUUUAGGACGAAUUAUUGAAGUUUUUCCAGAUAAAGAAGGCGUUGUACGUAAUGUGAUGGUUAAGACAAAGGAUGGUAUCUUUAAAAGAGCUGUUCAAAAAUUAGUACUUUUACCAGUCAAUGACUGA